AUGUUACGGACAGAGACUCGGUUCGAUCCCAAGCGUAAAAGAGUCGACUACAAGAAAACACAAUUUGCGAAUGCCUCCUACAAAGACCAGGACUAUCCCUACAGACUAUCCUUCUACGAUGUGCCUCCAACGCAAGAGAUCAGCCUGGAGGAGUUCGAGACAUGGGCUAUCGACCGAUUGAGAAUUCUCGCCGAGAUCGAGUCCUGCUCGUUCCGCAACAAAUCCCCACAAGAGACGGCGGCCCAUCUCGAACCGCUUCUCAAGAAAUACCUCCCGCUCUCUUCGAACUCGUCAGCGGCCGGCGGUGUCGUCGAUGACCGACUCAGAAAAGAACGGCGGAAGGACCACUACUCGCACUUCAUCCUGCGACUGGCCUUCUCCGGAACAGAAGACUUGCGAAGGCGCUUUGCGAGGGUGGAGACAAUGCUAUUCAAACUCCGCUUCCAAGCAGACGACAGCCGAGAACGCAGGGCCUUUGUCGAAAGUCUGAAUUUGAACUGGGAGCUGGUGCAGGAUGAAGAGAAACGAGAGCUCGGAGAGCAAUUACUCGCCGCCACGCCGGGUCUCCGCCGACUGGACGAGGAAAAUUGGUUCAAGGUGGACUGGACGCGUGUGCCCGAACUGGUCGAGCAUCGGACCGUUCUCGUCAGGAAGGGCAGAGCCUAUGUGCCGAUGCGGGAACAAACCAGCAUGGUUCUGACCGAGUUCUCCAAUCGCCUGGAAAAAGCGCUCGAGUUGACUUCCCGUGCGCUGCCACGACUCGAUGAAGAUGAUCGAUUGACGCCCAUCCUCGACCAUCUGUCCAAGAAUUUCGCUACUCCCGACUCCGGCUUUUCCGAGUCCGACUCGUCUCUUCCCGGCGCGCCCAUCAACGCCGCCAACAUCGAUGCCCUGUCCCAGCAUUUCCCUCUGUGCAUGAAGCAUCUCCACACGACAUUACGCAAGAACAACCAUCUGAAACACUUCGGACGACUUCAGUAUACGCUUUUCUUGAAAGGCAUCGGACUGUCGCUGGAAGACUGUCUUGUCUUCUGGCGGCAAAGCUUCAAGACCAUCACAGACGACCAGUUCAACAAGGAAUACCGGUACAACGUGCGACAUUCCUAUGGCGACGUAGGAGGCGACGCCAACCGGCGAGGAAGAGGCUAUGCGCCCUACUCCUGCCAGAAGAUCCUCACGGAGCACCCCCCGGGGACAGGAGAGGCACAUGGCUGCCCGUACCGGCAUUUCAGCGUGGACAAUUUGACCAGUAUGCUGCAAGCCACGGGCGUGCAUGACCGGGAUGUGCUCCGUGGGGUGAAAGAGGAUGUCGAAAAGAAACGCUACCAUAUCGCCUGCAACCGGGUCUUCGAAUGGGCGCAUAAAUCGGAGAUCAAACGGGUCAAGGACGAAGGCAUCUGGGGACCGGCCGAACUAGAAACCAUCGUCCAUCCCAACACAUACUUCAAGAGGUCAUACUUGUUGAAGAACCUAGGGAAUUUGCCGAAGCAGGAUGUACGGAUGGAAGAAUGA